CAUUAGUUGUGAGAUCACAGGGUAUUUAGAUAUCCAGUUGUAAUGUAUUUCGGAUUGCAUUCGGAUUAAUUCGCAAUUUCUGAUGCGUGUAGUGACUUCUGCUGAGCUUGGAACAUGCGAUAUCCACUUUCGUGAUUUCAGCGUGGCACGUUGCUAACAGCUGAGAAGAACAUCACGAACUUUAACAGGCAGUCGGAACAAGACAAUUCAAAAUGAAAGCGGUGGAAGCAGAAACGUUCGGAAAAGUGGUGCAAACUAAAUUUUGACAAUGAUUAAAAACCCUAUAGCGAAGUGUUAAUAUCCCAUUAACUUUUAGCGGUGUCGGACGGAUGAGUACACCUCUGUGACAACGGAUACCUUCAUGUAGACACUGUGGCAAAUAUUUAUUGAAAUUCAAGUCACUUCGGCGUUCUAUUGUUAGAUAAUUCAUAAUACGCCCAUCCUUGCGGCACGUGGCAGAUCAAACUGUUCAAUUAACGAUGCGACCAAUUCUAUACCUUCUUCUUGCGUCAUUGCUGUUACCACCUUCACUUGGUCAGGGCGUUCCUCUAACGUUUGGUAUGCGGAAGCUGGCCUUUUCUGCAAACCAGUUCGGAAUCGAUCUGUACCGAACAAUGCGUCACUCUGAAGGCAACAUCGCCAUUUGCCCCUUCUGUAUCGAUCAGUCAUUACUCAUGACUCUAUUAGGGGCUCAAGGUCAAUCAGCGAUGGCUUUACGGCAUGUUUUAUACCUCUGGGGAAUGCAGCCUCAGGAGCUGCACACAGCAUCGCACCAACUAAUUACCCAUCUGGGAGGUCACCUCAGAUCUACAAUGUUUGAAGACUACAUGAGUCGAUCAGCCAAGUCUUUAAAGAGAUUUCGACGAGCUCUAGACAGAUAUGAAGAAAGUAGCGUUAAUAAAACCGACACUAGCAAGGAAAAAAAAAUGAAAGCAAAACUCCUACAACAAGAUAAGAUCAAGAACGACCAAUAUAAAAACCACCAAUACUACCCCACGAACAGUCCAUUUGGUCAGCGAAGCGGCACAUCUCCAUUCCAUCUUGAACAGCUUUAUCCGAACCACCCUAACGCUCAGCGGGUACAUCCAAGUAACCCAAUUCAUCCCAUGGACCACCGUGUUCCGUCUCUUUACCACCGUUUGGACAAUUUCCAUCACGAACCGCCUGAUGCUUACAGACCUUUACGACCCCAUGCGGGACCCAUGUUCACCCGUUAUCCCGAUCUGCCCCAAUCAUCUUCCUCCCAUGGCCCUCAACCAGCAUCGCACAAUCAGCAACGCAGUCCACUAUAUGUUCCUGUUUCUGCGAGCUAUAUAAGCGCUGCUGAUCCCUUUCAAGGUCGUGAACGACUUUUAAAUGACUACCGGCCAGGAGAUUCUGCUAGAGGUUCUCGUGGUCCCGGUACUCCGCUUGACAAUCAAGUGAGUUCACAAGUUCCGCACCGGUAUCCUAGCGCGUACCUACCUAGUCGUAUGCCGGUAUCUGGAGCAACGAACAGGCUAUACUAUAUGGACAACAAAAUCCCACAAGAUAUGAGUAAGCCAUCAUCAGUGUUAGCUCCAGCCCCGCCAUUGGGACCCCGUCAUUAUUUUCAUCUUGAACGGUAUCGACCUAUGGCAAGCCACCUUUAUGGAAUGUAUCAACAACCAGCAAUCGGUGGUCUUCAUCGACCUCCGGAGGCUUAUGGGGGUUCAUCUAGCUUCACAUCCCGAUACAGACCACCUUCUUCAACAUUGUCAUACGGAAGCGGUACUUAUGGAGCUGCAGCAAGCGAGCCUAUUCUAAGCCAUUUGCCGUACAGUAGCCAAAUGCUUCCUCACCGACCUUAUAGUCAUCAGCAAUAUACGUACGAAUCACCGCAUGACAGCAGGCCAAAUGGUUGGAGACCAUCGAACUAUGGAAAAUCUAAGGAGCAGCCAGAUGAUGAAGACUGGGGCAAUAAUCUGGGAAAAGGAGAUGCCCAGGACAACUCGGACGAGACAGAGCUCGUCUUGUUUAAUACUAUCUAUGUACAAAGAGAAUACGCAAUUAAAUAUCCGUAUCAGAUGUACAUCUACAACUAUUACAACAGCUCAAUCCAUUCGCUUGACUUCGUAAUGAACGGUGAGGAGGCAAGACAACAUAUUAAUGCUAUUGUUGAAAAACGUACGCGAGGUCGGCUGCACGGUCUUUUACGGGACGUUCCGCAACCGUCGACAAAUUUACUACUCAUCUCCGGACUAUUCCUUGAAAGCGUCGUGGAUAUUGACAACCUUGUCCCCAUUGAAGGUGUUCCAUGGCUAACGAAGAGCCGACAAAACCUUUCUAAGGACGAUGAUGUGGGCCAUCCCAUGAUGUUGGAGGCGCGCGGAGUUAAGGUCCGGUAUACACGGCACGAUUACUUGAAUUGUAGUGCAGUUGAGGUCCCACUUAGGGGUGGCGUAAUUACUCUGCUCAUGAUUACACCAGACCACAUAGAUGAUAUGGGACUUCUUGAAGAUCGACUGUCCGCUCAACGAAUUGCCGACAUAAUGGCUACUAUGCAAAUAAGCCGCGCCAAUCUUAAGAUGCCACGUAUUCAGAUCGAACACAGUCAUUCAAACCUCACACAGUCAUUAUCUGCUAUGGGCCUGCAUAACUUAUUCGUACCGGGCCGAGCCGAGCUCUACGAUAUAUCAGAAGUUCGCUGGUUACAUAUUACCAGCGUGUUUCACAAGAGUGUGUUGAACAUACAGGGUCCGCCGCCGAAGGAUGAACUUGAUGAGGUACUGGAAAAGGAAAGUCAACAUCACCAAAAGGAAGCUAAUACCAAAGAGCAGCACGGAACAAAAUCGACAAAGAAGAUUACUAAAAUUCCAGGCCACAUUAGCGAAGGUUUGAGUAUUGUGCUCAAUAGGCCUUUCUUAUACUUCGUCAUGGACUCCAUCAGUGGGUUAGCAAUAGUGAUGGGCAAAGUCACAAACCCCUGAGGUCUUUGCUAAUUUAGGUCGCUAAAGAGGUUAAGUUAAGGAUGUUCUCACACGAACAUGUAAAUUAGAGGGUUAUGUAUAAUAGAACAGUUAUUAAAGAAGCAACACUGGCAGACUUAGUUACUUGGAACAUAGAGGCGAGCCUGAUUUGAAAAGAUUGAAUAUUUACAAUAGUUGUUGCCUAACGAUAACCUGAUUAGCUGAUUAGCCUGAUAGUUAACACACUAGAUCUAAAAUUAAGUACGUUCAAUAUUACCGAAAUGAUGACAUAACCUACACGCAGGGACCUUUACCUUAUCUUAAAAUUAAGGCGUACAGAAUUAGCGCUUCCUAUAUAACAUAUGUGUUGAGCAAUGAUGGUAUUGCAUGGUAAGCCGGUGUCGCUUUAUUUCUCUUCAGGCAGGCGAAAUUAAAGAGGUAGUAUUUUCUCUUUGUCCUUAAUAGUUUCAUGCUCCCCGUAAAAAUCACAAGAAUGUGACAAACUGAACAUUGUUGACUCCAUUCCUUAAAAAGCAAUUCAUUGCCUUGCAUGGUCGACAUGAGCGUUAUAGUACGAUGAAAAUUAUUAUAUUUGCGAACAUCUGUCAAUGUAUAAGGGAGAAUAUCGCACUAGUUCGGGUAUAGAGUUCGCAAUCUACAAAAUGUAAAGAACAAGGAAUAACAGAAAUGGUUUGCAGUUUUGCCUGAAUGGCUUUCGCGAUGUGUUCCCCUAUAUUUUAGUUAUUUUCUCUUACUGAGUGCAAACCCAAAUUGCACAUUCUACUUAGAUGAGGAAGUAUCGAACGAAAGAUUGAAAUUUAUGACCA